AUGCUCGACGAAGGCGCUGAUUGGUUGCACGUCGACAUCAUGGACGGACAUUUCGUCCCUAAUUUGACCAUCGGUCCUCCCGUGGUGGCGGAUUUGGCGAAACGCGUCGGCCCGCGCGACGCGUUCUUCGAUUGUCACUUGAGCGUGAGCAAUCCUGCGACGCUCGUUCCCGCGCUCGCCGCCGCCGGUGCGUCGAGCGUGACGUUCCAUAUCGAAGUUGUCAGCGGUACCGCCGCAGAGGAGCUCUGCAAAACCAUUCGAUCGCUCGGCAUGCGCGCCGCCGUGGCGUGCAAACCGUCCACGCCGUGCGACGAAGACGGCGGCGUGUACGAGCUCGUCGACGCCGGUCUCGUCGACAUGGUCCUGUGCUUGUCCGUCGAACCCGGGUUCGGUGGUCAAAAGUUCAACCCCGCGGUGUGUGACAAAGUCUCCGCCCUCCGCGCGAGGUAUCCAGACUUGGACAUUCAAAUGGACGGCGGCGUCAAUCCGAGCACCGCCGAGCUCUGCGCGCGCGCCGGCGCCAACGUCCUCGUCGCCGGCAGCGCCGUCUUCGGCGCCGCCAAUCCCGCGCAGGUGAUUUCGCAACUUCGACAGUCCAUCCUGAACGCGUCCUGA